AUGGAGGCCCAUGUGGAUUUUUUUUCUGUGGGAAGAGGACUGAGACAGGGAGUUCCACUCUCUCCGAUUCUCUUUGUUCUGAUGGAGGAUGUCUUAAGCAUAAACAUCUCUGCUUUGAUGGAAAAGGGUGAGAUGCAACCAAUGGUUAUGAAGAAUGGAAUUCAUCCUACUCAUCUGUUUUUUGCAGAUGAUGUAUUCAUCUUCUGUAAUGGAGGUAAGAAGAGUCUAAAGAAUUUGUUUAAAUUACUAGAUGAAUAUCAAGUUGUUUCUAGUCAGAUCAUUAACAAAAACAAAAGCAAGCUCUUUGUGGAUGGUAAUUCACAUAUCAGAAGAAAAUUGAUUAGUAACACGAUACACAUGGAAGUGGCCAAAUUCCCUGGCAAAUAUUUUGGGGUAUAUCUUGCUCCAGGAAAAGUUACAUCUGCAAUGGUUUGGCAUAUAGUGGAAGUGCUUCAAAGCAAAUUGGCAGCUUGGAAAGGUAAUUUACUAUCUUUUCAUGAUAGAUUGGUGCUAGUUAAAUCUGUUCUUAGUAUCUUAUCUAUCUACAACAUGUCCGUUUAUAGACGACCUUCAUCUGUAAUUAAGGUCUGUGAAAAAAUUAUAAGGAAUUUCUUAUGGACUGGAGAUGGAGAUACAAGAAAAUUCAAAACUCUUUCAUGGAAAAAAGUUUGUACCCCUUAUGAGGAAGGUGUUCUAGGUAUUAAAAGACUAAAAGUAGUCAACCAAUCAUUGUUAAUGAAGCUCAUGUGGAGAAUUUUGAAUUCAGAUGAAGAAUGGGCUAUGUUUUUAUCUGCAAAAUUUCAAGAUAGAUAUGGUCAAUGGACAUCAAAUUGGAAACAAUCAACAAUUUGGAAAGGACUGAAAUGGGCAUGGAAUGCUUUAAAAGAUGAUAUCAGAUGGAAAAUUGGUGAUGUCUCUCAUAUUUCAGUUUGGUUUGAUAUUUGGUUGGGGGAAAAUCCACUGAUAAAUGACAUUGGUUAUACGGAUUUUAUCAAGAACAAUAUUGGUUUGAAAGUGAAUUCACUUUUAUCUGAAGGUCAUUGGAACAUUCCAAUUGAACUGCAACAAUAUAUUUCCAAUUAUAAAUUGCCUGCUGUUCAUGGUGGUGUUGAUAUAAGAUUAUAG